AUGGCGUUGUUUUCAUGCCUGAAGUGCAAUGAUGACACUGCUCAUCAAGAAGAAGGACCUAUUCUCGAACAAAAUUCAUUUUCGAAAUCUCAACAAAACUCAUCCUCCGAUACCAAAAGACACGUGUUGAUUGUGUGCCAAUUGCCAGAAGAAUCAAUUUUACUAAUUUCUUCAUAUUUAGAAUUACAAUCUUUGUCUCGGUUUGCUUCUUGUCAUUCGCAGCUACUGCGUUUGUUGUUCAAUAUAACACCACAGAAACUAUUGAAACCAAAACAAACCAAAUUAUUGGAAAUUCUAAAUCCAAAUGCCACUUCUCACUUUGAUUUUUCAGUGUGCCAACUGCUCAUUUGGAAACCAUUAUUAAUUUAUUAUUUUCCUCGAUUUGAACAAUCUCUCAACGUUAAAAAUUGGAUGCUUGCUCUGAAACGAAGAAUUCAGCAUUUACAAUUGUACUCUCCUCAUCUUUUACCAAUCAAACAGCAAAGCAUUUCAUCGUCUUGGAUUUCGAGCUCACAACAUGGUUCAACAAUUUUCAAAAUUCAAAUCGACACCAUUGCGACCAAUGAAUUUAUUGAAAAUUGUGAAUGGAUUUUCAAAUGUCCAUUAAGAUUUUCCGAGUUGCAAGAAAUUGAGACAGAUCCUUCUCAGAAAUAUUGUACAGUAUGUGAAAAGACAGUCUAUUUAGUGAAAAGUAAUGAAGAAUUUACAAGGUAUGCCAUGCAAGGACAUUGUGUUGCCUUUACUUCACGAAAGAGAGAUGCAUUGUGUGAAGUUGUUAUGGGACAACCACUCGUAGUGACCAAACCAUCUUCAUCAUCACUCUGUAAGACUCAAUAA